AUGUCUUUCCUCCUCCGCACUUCUACUCUUGUCCGCCAGAGGCUUUUCACCACCUCAACACGUGCUCGUGGCGCCAUCUCCAUGGAAGAUGUUGCUGCAGCACAGAUGACAUCCACCCCUGGUGCCAGUGUCGUCCCAAGGCUCGGAAGGGUAGCAAAAUGGUACCUGCCUACUAUGGCUGCUGUAGCUGCUGGUACGAUCUACCUGUCAAAGAACGCAUCAUCACAGCCUCGACGACCCCUUACGCUCGGUGAUGCUAAUGCCAACAUAGGCUUUGGCGUGACCAAUGCACUUAACGAGGCCAACCGCAAGGUUCACUCUGCCCUUGAACUCACCCAGGAACAAAAGAACCAGAUGCUCAUGGACUCUUAUGGCGAGCGCUCAAGCUUGGAAGAUAUGGAGAGGGCCAUUGCUGGAAUGGAGGCUAAGAUGACUGCCAAGAAGGACAGGAGAAGGAUUCUCGAAGAGGCCUACGGCGACAAGGCCAGCCUUGAGGAUCUACAGAGGGCCAUGGAGCUCUACGAGGUGCAGUGA